AUGUUCAAGUCAGCGGUCAGGAGGUACUCGUUGAAGAACCUUCCCCAUGAAACACAACCCAUAAACAAGUACAACAACCUGAGAUCAGGUUUCAACGUGAAACCAGUCCGUUCCCAGGGCCUCAUAUACAACCCACCAGCAUCUGCUCCAUCAUAUAGGGAAACACCCAAGUUGUUUUUGCCCAAGAACGAUCCACGUCUAAAGAUUUUGGAGGAUAAGUGGAAGGUUUACACUCCAGAGGAGCUUGAGAAUAUGCCGCUUAUAUACGGUAUCAAGAAGCAGAAGGACUACCUGUUGACACCAGAGGUAGUUGGAGAAAUCCUCAAGUUGAGGCAAGAAAACCCAGAUGAAUGGACGAUUCCAAAGUUGGCAAAGAAGUUCAAUGUUGACAAAACCAGGGUCAAUGUCAUUUCGGGCAUCAGUAAGGAUAGACAGGCCAAGGUGCUCAAGGAGUUGGAGACCAUCAAGGAGUCGUGGUCUGCCAGAAGAAGCCUUGCUAGACAAGACAGAGAAAAGAGAACCCAGCAGUGGUUGCGUGGCGAGUUUUAA